AUGAAUAGUUCGGCCGACACCAACGGGUCACUGGGUGAUGGGGAAACCCAGAAGCCGCAGCCCAUUGCACUCAUUGGCUAUGCUUGUCGAAUGUCCGGACAAGUUUCUUCCCCCGGCGAUUUAUGGGAAUUAUGUACUCGGGGUCGGAGUGGCUGGACGCCCAUCCCCAAGGACCGUUUCUCCCCCGGAGCUUAUCAUCAUCCCAACCCUUCCAAGCCCGGAACAUUCAACCCGGCAGGUGGUUACUUUAUGGAUGAUGAUACCUUGACCCGAUUUGAUGCUCCAUUUUUUAAUGUGACCAUACAAGAAGCCAUCUCCAUGGAUCCCCAACAACGACUUCUUUUGGAGUGCUCAUAUGAAGCUUUGGAGAGUGCUGGCAUUCCCAAAGAAUCAUUAGCAGGGCGCAAUGUGGGUGUCUUUAGCAGUGGUAACUUCGCCGACUACGAGCUCAGAAACCUACGUGACAUCGAGACGUGCCCGUCUUUCCAGGCUACUGGCUGUGCUCCUGCACUUCAAUCCAACCGGAUUUCGUACUACUUCGAUUUGCAAGGCCCCAGUCUUACAGUCGACACGGCGUGCUCGUCUUCCAUCGUCGCGUUACAUUUGGCAGUUCAAAGUCUGCGUAGCGGUGAGUCUAGCGAGGCUCUAGUUGCUGGAUGUAGAUUGAACCUUCUCCCGGACUAUUUUGUUUCCAUGUCCUUGUCACAAUUAUUCAAUGACGAAGGGAAGACCUAUGCAUUUGACGAAAGAGCGAAAUCUGGCUUUGCAAGAGGAGAGGGUGCCGGCGUUGUGCUUCUCAAGCCGCUCGACGCCGCCAUCCGCGAUAAAGACCCAAUUCGGGCUAUAAUUGCUAAUAGUGGUGUCAACCAAGAUGGAAGAACUCAGGGAAUUACUAUGCCCAAUGGCCAAUCCCAAGAGAAUCUUAUCCGUCAAGUAUACCGAGAUGGUCGCUUGAACCCAGACGAGUGUGGCUUUGCUGAAAUGCACGGUACUGGAACCAAGGCCGGAGACCCCAUUGAGGCUGAAGCUGUUCACAACGCCUUGGCACAGAACCGAACAACAAGAGAUCCACUCUAUAUCGGCUCUGUUAAAUCCAAUGUUGGUCAUCUUGAAGGUACAAGUGGUAUGGUCUCCAUCAUCAAGGCCGCCAUGAUGCUUGAUAGAGGAUUGUUAUUGCCAAACGCAGACUUCAAGAAGCCCAACCCUAAUAUUCCCUUGAAUGAUUGGAACAUGAAGGUUGUCACGUCAACAAGACCCUGGCCUCGAAACAAGAAAUAUGUUAGUGUCUCAAACUAUGGCUUUGGAGGUACCAAUGCCCACGUGGUUUUUGAAAAGCCUCCUCCGCCUAAGGAGAACACGGAUGAUCCAGAAAGCGAUGGGGAUCCCUCACACAAGUUGUUCUUGAUUUCCGCCAACGACAAGGAGUCUCUGAAGACCCGUAUCAGAGAUUUCGGUGUUUACUUUGAGCAACGGCCUGAGGUUUUCGAAAAGUCACUAUUCGGCAACUUUGCGUAUACCCUGGGCAGUAAGCUGUCUCAUCUGUCCUACCGAGUUGCUCUCUCAGCCACUUCGCUCGAUGAGCUUAGCAUUCGCCUGGCUCAGCUGAAAGCCAACCCAACUCGGAUACUCGGAAGCACGACAAUCGCAUUUGUUUUCACUGGACAGGGUGCCCAAUGGGCUCAGAUGGGCAUUCCUCUCAUGGAGGAGUAUUCCGUUUUUGCAGACUCCUUUGAGCGAGCCGACAAACAUUUGCAAGAUCUUGGAGCGGACUUUUCUCUCAUCGAAGCUCUACGAGAAGAUGGAGCAACCUCCAAGAUUAAUUCGCCCCAUCUCAGCCAGCCCGCUUGCACAGCGCUUCAGAUCGCUCUGACUGAUCUUCUUCGAUCUUGGGGAGUCAAACCAGAUUCAGUCGUGGGUCAUAGCUCUGGUGAGAUUGGUGCUGCCUACGCCGCGGGUAUUUAUGACUUGGAAGCAGCCAUGGCACUUUCAUACCACCGUGGCCAAAUGACACAGUUGCUCAAGGGGUCAUUCCCCGAGCUUCAUGGUACUAUGAUUGCCGUCGGGGCUGGCCCUGAUGCCAUCAGGCCCAUGUUGAAGACUCUGAAGGGUUAUGCAACCAUUGCUUGUGUCAACAGUCCUUCCAGUGUGACCGUAUCCGGUGACGUACCCGCCAUUGAUGAAUUGGAGAAUAUCUUGCAGGCCAAGCAGCUCUUCAACCGCAAGCUGAAGAUUGAUGUCGCAUAUCACUCCGAUCACAUGAAGAAUGUUGCUGAAGCUUACUUGGCUUCAAUUGAGUCAAUCAAGCCUUCUAGCACUGCAACAGCUACAUUUUUCUCUUCAGUCACUGGUCAAAUUGCUGAGCCAUUUGAAUUGGGUGCCGCAUACUGGGUGCAAAACUUGACCUCACCAGUCUUGUUUGCCAAUGCUCUCAGCAAGAUGUGCGUUGACGAAGGAAGCCGCCCCAACCUUCUAAUGGAAAUUGGUCCCCAUUCUGCGCUCAAGGGUCCAAUUUUAGACACCAUGAAGACUAUUGGCUCAAUAACCGCCAAGAUCGGCUAUUCCCCUACUAUUGUUCGCAACGCAAGUGCCGCUCAGUCUGUUCUUGAUGCUGCUGGUGCUGCAUUUGUACGAGGAGCAGAUAUCGAUAUCAACAAGAUGAACUUCCCCGUCAGCGGUGGUCUCACACGGAGCUUUUUGCGAGAUCUACCUCGAUACCCCUGGCAGCAUGGUACUAAGUACUGGCACGAGUCUCGCAUUGCUCAGAAGCAUGCUCUCAGAGAUGGCGUUCGGAAUGAUCUGUUAGGAGCACAGGCCUUCUACUCGAACGACCUGGAGCCUACAUGGAGAAACAUUGUCCGUCUUGAUGACAUUCCCUGGCUUCGAGAGCACAAGAUGCAGGGCAUGGCAGUAUUCCCCAUGGCCGGCUAUAUUUCCAUGGCCGUCGAAGCUGCGAAACGCCGUGCCGAACAACGCGAUGUAGUAUUCUCUCAGUUCGAUUUCCGAGAAGUGAAAGUCGGUUCAGCUCUUGUCUUGAGUGACGACGCGGAGGCAGAGACCACUAUCACGCUUCGGCCAUACGCUGAGGGCACGCGUUGUAGCUCAGAUGUCUGGGAUGAGUUCCGCAUCUGCUCGUGGUCUACCAAGCGAGGAUGGACAGAUCAUUGUUCAGGCCUUGUAAGGACUCGCGCGAAUAAGAAGCAGCAGACUGCAGUUUCCAACGUCGCUGAGACAGAGGUAAACCAUUUCCAAAAUCAAAUCGCCACAGUGCACACAGCAACCACGUACAGCAUUGACACCAGCAACAUGUAUCAGGUCCUGGCCGAGGUUGGAGCUGGGUAUGGACCGGCUUUCCAAGGAUUGGAAAAUUGUUUCUCGAGCCCCCGUCACUGUCGCGCAGAUCUGUGUGUCCGAGAUACACGAAGCAUGAUGCCAAAGCAGUACGAAGCGCCCUUGGUUAUUCACCCGACGUUUUUGGAUGGUCUGUUGCAUCUGGUUUGGCCUAUUCUUGGUAACGGGAGUAUGGAACUGGACAAUUUGUACAUGCCAACCAUGAUAAAAAACCUGACUAUCAGCAACAACAUCCCCUCGACCCCCGGUGAGUUCACGAAAGCAUGGUGCAGUGGAGGACCCAGCCUGCCGACCCCGGAACCAACGAAGUUUGAUCUAUGGGUAACACCGGAAAACUCCACGGAUGUUUUGAUUUCGAUAGAGGGACUGGUAAUGACACCACUCAAGGAUGCGGGCUUCCGUGGCCCAGAUCCCCGCGACCUCUGCUUUAAGUUGGAGUGGCAACCUCUGAACCAUAGCGAGGCUGAGCAAGAACCCAAUGGUGAAGUAAAGGAGCCCUAUGGGUCGACUACUAACGGUCAUGUCACUCCUGGAGAAAAGCCCCACCUCAAUGGAAACGGCAUUAUUCACCAGAGUGAUGUGGUGAUAAAACAAUUCGGCAAGUCUGAUGGUUCUGCCGAGAAGCUGAGCAACGCCAUCUCUACUGCGACAAGCGAGUGGCUACCAUCCAUUUCCGCCUUCGAAGAAGCCGACUGCACGAACAAGCAUGUCAUCGUCCUCCAGACCGGAGAUGAGACUCUCCGCGACCUUUCAUCCGAAGCCUUCGACAGUCUCAAACACGCUCUACUAAACGCCUCUCAUGUUCUUUGGGUCUAUCGCGCAGACACCCCUGACGCCCACAUGAUUGUCGGUGUCACUCGCAGUCUCCGAUCAGAGGCACUGUCCAAGGUCGCUACCCUCGGAAUUAACACCGCGGAGCUUGAAACUUCUUCCAAGCCCAUUCUCGCCGCAAUUGAGACUUUAUGGCCCACGGAUGGCACCAAGUCAAGGGGUGACUGGGAGUUCAAGGCGCAGGGCUCAGAGCUUCUGGUCCCGCGUGUUGUGGAUGAUGAUGCCGCGAAUGCAUUCGUUCACAAUGAGACACACGAGCAAACCAUAACCACGCAACCAUUCUCGCAGCCCAGCAGACGUUUCAAUCUUCAAAUUGCCAGCCCUGGCUCGCUCGACAGUUUGUACUUUGCAGACGAUGUUCCCGAGCCACUGGCUGAUGAUGAUAUCGAGAUCGAAGUCAAGGCCACCGGACUGAACUUCAAGGAUAUCGUCGUCACCAUGGGCCAGCUUGCACAGCCUUACAUCGGAAUCGAGUGCAGUGGCAUUGUAACGUCAGUCGGAAAGAAGGUACAGCAUCUCCAGGUUGGACAACGAGUCAUGGCUCUACCUUUGGGCGCUUACUCCACCUACGCCCGAUGCAAGGCUACCAGCGCUGCACCAGUACCGAACUUUAUGUCCUUCGAGGUUGCAGCUACUGUUCCUGUUGUCUUCUGCACGGCAUACUACGCCCUCUUCGAUCUUGGCAAGCUACAGGCUGGUGAGCGGGUUCUCAUCCAUGCCGGCGCUGGUGGUGUCGGACAAGCAGGCAUUCAACUGGCACAGAUUAUCGGAGCAGAGAUCUUCGUUACUGUGGGCAGUGUGGAGAAGAAACAAUUUUUAAUGACACAGUACAAUAUCCCAGAGGAUCAUAUCCUCUACAGUCGUGAUUCUUCUUUCGCUCACGGUAUCAAGAUAGCUACAAACAACCAGGGUGUCGAUGUCGUGAUCAACUCUCUGGCUGGUGACCUUCUUAGGGAAACUUGGGAAUGUCUUGCGCCAUUUGGUCGCUUUGUUGAGAUUGGAAAGGCGGAUAUUACGAAGAACACUCGUCUGGACAUGCUUCCAUUCGAGUACAACGUUUCUUUCUCUUCCAUUGAUCUCACCAAGGUUGCACAGUUCAAGCCCGCGCUCAUGAAGAGUCUCUUGGAUCAGGUUUCCCAGAUGAUGAGCCUGGGGUCCCUCAAUCCUAUCUUGCCUCUUACAACAUACCGUAUCUCUGAGCUUGAGAGCGCUUUUCGAACACUACAAACCGGAAAGGCAAUGGGUAAGAUUGUGGUCGUUGCCAACCCGGAAGACCAAGUCAAGGCUGUUGCACCUAAGACAAGCCCUUCCCUUCUCAAGGCAGAUGCGUCUUACAUCCUAAUCGGUGGCACGGGUGGUCUUGGUCGAAGCAUGGCCAAAUGGAUGUCAUCAAAGGGAGCGAGAAACAUCGUACUCGUCUCCCGCAAAGCUACAGUCAACGACAAGGUGCAAGCGUUGAUGGACGAGCUAUCCCCCGACGGAACCCUCAUCACCGUUAAAGCCUGUGAUGUUAUCAGCAGACAAUCCGUCGAGACACUCAUCAACGAAGACAUGAAAGACCUCCCUCCAGUACGCGGUGUCGUCCACGGAGCCAUGGUCCUCCGCGACAUGCUAUUCGAGAACAUGACCCUAGACGACUUCACCUCCGUCUCGGCCAGCAAAGUCGAGGGAGCCUGGAACUUCCACAAUGUGCUCUCCUCUACACCCCUCGACUUCUUCGUCGCUCUCUCCUCCGUCGCAGGCGUAAUCGGAAACAGAGGCCAAGCAGCAUACGCCGCAGCAAACGUCUUCCUAGACGAAUUCAUGUCCUACCGUCGCUCCCACGGUCUCCCAGGAACAGCAAUCGACCUAACAGCCGUCAGCGACGCAGGAUACCUCGCAGACGUCGACGCAAAACGGCUCCAAGAAGUCCUCAAGAACAUCGGUAGCGACACAAUGGAUGAAGGCGAGGUUCUCGCACUCUUCGGCGCAGCAAUAACAGGGGACCUUGAGAGGUCCUGUUCCGGUCAAAGUAUCACGGGUCUAAGUCUUAGUACGACGCUGGAUCAUUUCUGGUCUCAAGAUGCGAAGUUCAGUGGUCUUUACGAGAUUGCGAAGAGUAAGCUUGGUGCCGGUGGAAAUGCAGCGAGUGGUCCAUCUGUUCCGCUUAAUGUACAGUUGCAUAGUGCUGAGUCGAAGGAGGUAGCGUUACAGAUUUGUUAUCAGGCUCUUGCUGCGAAGUUGGCGCAGGUUUUGCAGAUUUCGUUGGAGGAUAUGGAUCCUUCUGUUACUGUUUCGUCGCUUGGGCUUGAUUCGUUGGUUGCUAUUGAGAUUCGGAAUUGGAUUGCUCGCGAGGCGAAUGCGAAUGUGCAGGUUUUGGAACUGUUGUCGAGUGGGUCGUUGAUGGCUUUGGCUGAGAUUAUUCUGAAUAAGUCUCAGGCUUGA